GGUGACGUCAUGGAGGCGGGCAAUGAGGCGCUGGAGGUGAUAAGCAUUGUGGGUAGAGCUGUGUGCGCAGGCGUGUUGCUGACGGCGGCCUUGUAUUUGCUGCGCGCGCUGUGUCAGAGGAUGGCUUGGAAGUGCGGAGGAGACAGCCAAGCGGAGCUCGUCAACAACCUGCGGAAGAAUGGGAUAGUCAAGACAGAGAAGGUUUAUCAUGUAAUGUUGGCCACAGACCGUUGCCACUAUGUAAAGAGUAACCCCUACACAGAUUCCCCUCAAUCUAUAGGUUUCCAAGCUACAAUCAGUGCUCCACACAUGCACGCAUAUGCCCUAGAACUGCUUCACGAUCAAUUAUAUGAGGGGGCUAAAGCACUUGAUGUAGGAUCUGGCAGUGGAAUUCUCACUUCUUGCUUCGCACGGAUGGUCGGUGCAAGUGGAAGUGUGGUGGGAAUUGAGCAUAUUAAGGAACUGGUUAAUGACUCCAUAAACAAUGUUAAGAAAGAUGAUCCGUCUUUACUUUCAUCAGGAAGAAUAAAGUUUUUAGUGGGCGAUGGGAGACAGGGAUAUCCAGAGGAAGCUCCAUACGAUGCCAUCCAUGUGGGGGCUGCAGCAAGUACGGUACCACAGGCGCUGCUCGACCAGUUGAAGCCAGGUGGGAGGAUGAUUUUGCCAGUAGGCCCUCCGGGUGGAAACCAGAUGUUGGAGCAACAUGACAAACUAGCGAAUGGCAGCAUCAGUAUGAAACCCCUGAUGGGAGUGAUCUAUGUGCCUUUAACAGAUCAAGAAAAGCAAGUGCCAAGGUGGAAGUGACUCUACGCAAUCUUCCUCGGAAGCAAGGGAUGAAAUGUGAAGCUUCAUCUGUGUGCUCAGAACCUGAUGUUAAUGUGGAGUACAUAUCUCCAAUUCUAAAUGCUUUGAAAAUGACAGCAUUGCAGCUUGUUUUGGACUUAAAAAAACACACACACACACUUAAUGACUGGUGUGGAACAGUGUUCUUUUAAUGAUUCAACAAACUUAACCUGGGAAGAUGCUGCCGUAAAGGGUUUUAAAAAAAAAUAAGUGCAGAGUUGGAAGAAGUUUUACGUGGCUUGGUUUCGUUUUUAACUGGCAAGAGUGAAGCUGCAGCAAGGAGGUACCAGCAGAUGUGUGGUGUGGCUAGUUUUUUUUUCCUCCCUCAUUUUGAAUUGAUAGGUGUUCAAAUCCUGCACCAUUACAACUUAAACUUAUUUUGUGCACUCAUGACAUAACAUAUGCAAGACCUUUCUGUAUGCAGGUGUAACUAAGCACUAAACAUUGAAGAUUGUAGCGUGCCUUGAGUUGCCAACAAGAUCACCAUGUUUCACAUCUUGUUCCUGGAAUCAAACCUCCCAAGCACUACAUGCUGACGGUGGCAAAUGCACUGUUGAUUGUAAACUCGGACAGAUUUGAACAUAUUGAUGCUUUCAAAAUUAGUUAAGUUUUGUGCUGCUAUUCCUUCAUUUUGUGUUGCUUCACAGUUGAAUGUAGUAGAAAUGAUAUAACCCAUGCUGAAUAAGCUUAUGACACUAUGGAUCGCAGUUAAAAUUUCCUCAAUGUAUGCAUUAUUGCUUUGCGAAAUAAAUUUUAAAAGCAGAUAA